AUCCUUUUUUCUUCUUUUUAAAAAAUUUCUGUUAUAGAUUUGAGAUCACAAUAGAAUUAAAAACAACCAAGAAGGAUAGCCUGAUCUUUUACAUGUCGGAUCCUACUGAGAAUUACUAUGCUGCGUUACAGCUGAUGGAAGGUUUCGUGUUUUUUAACUUCAAAAUUGGUAGCUCGCCGGUGUUCAUGGACUCGGACUUUGUGAUCGAUGAUGGUUACUGGCAUACGAUUGAGAUCUCUCGGAACAGAAAGACAGGGUCUCUUCAAGUUGAUGGUACCAAACGAAAGAGGGCAAAGUCAAAUAAUGGUAGGAAGAAUCUCAACAUCCAGUCACCGAUCUAUAUAGGUGGUCUUCCUUUAAACCGACAGUCACCGAACAUCUAUGGGGAUGGUUUCGAUGGCUGUAUACGAAAGUUCCGUUUGAAUGGCAUUGACAUCGACCUGAGAGGAACGGCCAACAAUUCUUAUGGAGUUGUAACCUGCUACACCAAUACCGAACCAGGACAUUAUUUCCAGGGCAUUGGCCAUGCUCUUCUAGCAAACCAACAGCAAAUCGGAUCUGAUUUUCAACUCCUAAUUGAGUUUAGAACAGCGCAAAAAGAUGGUCUUCUCUUUGCGGCAACAGAUCUUGACGGUGUAGGAGUUACAGUCGUAAUUUCUGAUCAUGAUAUUCUCCUAAAGUUGUACACUGGUCGGAGAAUGGCCAUGAUCCCGUUCCAAGCACACAACAACUUCACGGUCUGUGACUACCAGUGGCAUGUGGUUCAAGUGACAGAGAUAGAUGGUCUUUGGCAAUUGUCUGUUGAUGGUAACAUGGCCAACAAUCUUAGGGGUACUGUUCGACUUCCAGGAGAUGAGCGUUACCAGUUCUAUGCGGGUGGUAACCCAUUAUCAAACCCAGAUGCCGUCAAGUUCAAGGGCUGUAUACGACGUCUGGAGGUCAACGGAGGGGUCGUCCCCGUCGAAUCAUCAGUUGAGAUCGUGGGUGUGGUUCCUCUAGAAUGUCCCAUCGUAUGACGACAUUGAUGCUUUGCUCAUGUGCUGCUUUAUUCUCAACAUGUAUUUCAUUAUGCAGGGGCUUUGUGCAAAAUCUUUGUAUGUAACAAUUCGACAGCUGCAUUCCAAAAAAAAAAAUCUGGACCACCGAGAGAGAGGGGAGUGGUCUUCCACCUGUGUUUUUAAACUCUCGCAUGAAUCAGUAUAUUUUCUUAGAUGAGGCUUGUGGUGAUUGCCACUCUCCACCCAUGUGUGGUAAAUGGAAACCCGGUAGGAAGGAAUUCCUUUGAUGCUUGAGCGCCUGAUCAGGGUAGUCAUGCUAAAGCCAGGUUAAUGGUAUGCAGCGCUUCAAAAUAUUGUAUUAAGCGCUAUAUAAGUGAUGCAUAUCAUUAGUAUUAUGACAAAAAAAUAUUGUUAAAACUGUUCAGUGGAAAAUGGAAGAGUUUGCUCCGAUACUGAUACAGUCGUUAGAAAGGGUCACAUGACACAAUUCUAAUGCAGAGUGUGUUAGCAUGCUCCCAGUCAACAGAUAAGUGGAACAUUCGUGAUGAUGUUGAUAAUCAUCAUCAUGGAGCGUGGGGAGCGUUGUGGCCCAGUGGAUUAGUCUGU